GGCUCUCCUGCGUGCUGUCAACAUCGACGGCGCCAAGGUCAUCAACGAGGCCUGCAAGCAGGCCGGCGUCGAGCGUCUCGUCCUCACCUCCAGCUGCUCGGUCCUCUGGUCUGGCGACAACCUCCUGAACGCCGAUGAGACCUUCCCCUACGCCCACUCGCCCUUCGACCCGUACACCGCCACCAAGAUCGAGCAGGAGCGCAUCACCCUGGCCGCCAACGACCCGGCUGGCAAGUUCCGCACCGCGGCCAUCCGCCCGCACACCAUCUACGGCCCGCGCGACAAGAUCUUCUCGUCCAUGGCCCAGCGCGCCCACGACAACAACCUGAAGUUCGCCAUCGGUAACGGCAAGAACCUCGUCGACUUCACCUUCGUGUCGAACGUCGUCUACGGCCACUUCCUGGCCACCGAGCACCUGGAGCGCGGUGGCAUUGCCUGCGGCAAGGCCUUCAACGUCACCGACGACGAGCACAUGCCGUUCUGGGAGUUCAGCAACCGCAUCCUGCGCAAGAUGAACAAGCCGGAGAUCGCCUACUACAUGAACUUCCACCUGAUCCUGUUUGUGGCCACCGUGGUCAACUUCUUUGUCCAGCUGCUGAAGCCGGUGGUCAAGCUGAAUGUCACCUUCUCGCCGCACGUCGUGCGCCUGGUCGGCACCGAUCACACCUACAACAUCACCCGCGCCAAGAAGGAGCUCGGCUACCGCCCGCUGGUCUCCACCCAGGAGGGCAUCGAGAUCUGCCUGAACGCCAUGAAGUUCUAA